AAAUAUGUGGCUCACACAGCCUCAGCACAUUGUAGUCACUCUCACUCCGUUUCAGUUGCAUUAUUGUUGGCUUGGGGUUUCUCUCAGCUGCAAUGUGUUCUCUAAUUGCCAAGCUCUCUUCCCUUCCUCUCUCACUCUCCAUUGUUUCCUCAUCUUCAUCUUCAUCUUCCUCUUCCUCUUCCUCUAAAGAUGGAAAACCCAACUCAAAGUCAGUGAAGCUGAGAGAGGACUGGAGGCAACGCUCCAGACCCAUUCCUUCUGGUGGCACUUACCCGGCUAAAGACCACUGCAGUCGUUGCGGGUUGUGCGACACAUAUUACAUUGCCCAUGUCAAGGAAGCCUGUGCUUUCUUAGGAGAUGGAAUGUCUAAGAUUGAAGGCUUGGAACCUGUAGUUCAUGGUAGAGGGAGAAAAACAGGUUCCUCGGAUGAAAUGUACUUGGGUGUCUAUGAGGAGUUGUUGUAUGCUCGUAAAGUGAUGCCUGUUGAAGGAGCUCAGUGGACAGGAAUAGUAACAACUAUUGCAAUAGAAAUGCUAAAAUCAGGCAUGGUAGAAGCCGUAAUUUGUGUACAGAGUGACCCAAACGACAGAUUUACUGCACGGCCUGUAUUAGCAAGGACACCAGAGGAAGUUCUAGCUGCUAAAGGUGUCAAGCCGACAUUAUCUCCUAAUCUUAAUACCCUUGCCCUAGUUGAGGCUGCAGGUGUAAAGAAACUUCUAUUCUGUGGUGUGGGUUGCCAGGUGCAAGCAUUACGAUCUGUGGAGCACCAUUUAAAUUUGGACAAGCUCUAUGUGUUAGGCACAAAUUGUGUGGACAAUGGGACUCGAGAAGGGCUUGAUAAGUUUUUAAAGGCUGCAAGUAGUGAACCGGAGACAGUUCUUCAUUAUGAGUUUAUGCAAGAUUACAAGGUUCACUUGAAGCAUUUGGAUGGUCAUAUUGAAGAGGUUCCAUAUUUCUCUCUGCCAGCAAAUGAGUUGGUUGAUGUAAUUGCUCCUUCUUGUUAUAGUUGUUUCGAUUAUACAAAUGGUUUAGCGGAUUUAGUUGUGGGAUACAUGGGUGUGCCAAAAUAUUCUGGAAUCAGCAUGACUAAACAUCCACAGUAUGUUACGGUAAGAAAUGAACGUGGAAGAGAGAUGCUCAAUCUGGUUGAUAAUCUUUUGGAGGUUACUCCAACAACUAGCAGUGGCAAUCGCCAACCAUUUGUCAUGGAGACUGUUAAGGCAGAUGAUAAUGCAAAGUUGGGAAAGGGUCCUGAACCUGCCCCAAAGUUUGUUGGCAAUGUGAUUGCUUUCUUGCUAAACUUGAUUGGCCCAAAGGGUCUGGAAUUUGCUCGUUAUUCACUCGAUUACCAUACCAUCAGGAACUACCUGUAUGUAAACCGAAUAUGGGGAAAACAAAGAGCUGAUCAGCAUAUGCCUUCAUAUGCAAAGAAGAUUGUGGAUACCUACAAUAAGAAUGGUGAAAUCGAUCGGAUUCUUACCAACAAGUGACUGCAUUAGCAGGUGAAAUGCAGAUGAUAAAGAGGGCACUUCAAUGUAAUUGAUUCCAAGCCAAGAAUUCUUCUGUUGAAGUCAAAUUGGUGAUGGAAAGCUUCUGCUCAACUAAGGAGAAAAGUCAAGAUCAGAUAAAAUGAAGUCGAGAAAAAUUGAAUUGUAAAUUGUAACACCAUUUCUGUAACGUCAAAACUUUGGCUGAGACUAAAUUUUGCAAGAACAAACAGUUUAAUGUACAGUUUUUCUUGGAGGUAGGAAUUAUUAGACUUGUUAUUUUUCA